AUGGCUCCGCUCUCGCAUCCAGCCAAGGGAAAGGCCAAAGCGAAGGCCAAGGCGAAGGAGGAGGAGGCCCCGCCACCACCGCCACAACCGGCGCCGCCGCUCUUUGUGGACCUCCAGCAGGCCCUGCUCUCGGAGCGUGUGACCUUCGGCCACAGGCUCACCACCAUCCGUGGCUGGGCUCUCCGCCGGCUACAGCAGGCGGCGAGCUCCACGAAAGCGACCUUUGGGCAGCUCAAUGACUGGGUCGUCCUCAGGAGGCACAAAGACCUCGAGGCCGUGUCCUGCCUCAUCGAUGUUGUCAAGGAUCAUGUGGAAAGCGAGGACUUCAUCAAGGCCCAAGCACGCAGACCAAGAGAAUAUCACAUGUCAUGA